GAAGACGCUGCUGGCGGCCGCCGCGGGCGUGGUGAUGCUGCUGGUGCUGGUGGUGCUGAUCCCCGUGCUGGUGAGCUCGGGCGGCCCGGACGGCCACUAUGAGAUGCUGGGCACCUGCCGCAUGGUGUGCGACCCGUACCCCGCGCGGGGCCCCGGCGCCGGCGCGCGGCCCGACGGCGGCGACGCCCUGAGCGAGCAGAGCGGCGCGCCCCCGCCCUCCACGCUGGUGCAGGGCCCCCAGGGGAAGCCGGGUCGCACGGGCAAGCCGGGACCCCCGGGGCCUCCUGGGGACCCCGGUCCUCCAGGCCCCGUGGGGCCGCCAGGGGAGAAGGGUGAGCCAGGCAAGCCAGGUCCUCCCGGGCUGCCAGGUGCCGGGGGCAGCGGCGCCAUCAGCACAGCCACCUACACCACGGUGCCGCGCGUGGCCUUCUACGCUGGCCUCAAGAACCCUCACGAGGGGUACGAGGUGCUCAAGUUUGACGACGUGGUCACCAACCUGGGCAACAACUACGACGCGGCCAGCGGCAAGUUUACGUGCAACAUUCCCGGCACCUACUUUUUCACCUACCACGUUCUUAUGCGCGGCGGCGACGGCACCAGUAUGUGGGCGGACCUGUGCAAGAACGGCCAGGUGCGGGCCAGCGCCAUCGCCCAGGACGCAGACCAGAACUACGACUACGCCAGCAACAGCGUGAUCCUGCACCUGGACGCGGGCGACGAGGUCUUCAUCAAGCUGGACGGCGGCAAGGCGCACGGCGGCAACAGCAACAAGUACAGCACAUUCUCGGGCUUCAUCAUCUACUCCGACUGAGCGCCCGCGCUCUCCCGCCCCCGCCCCGCCACGCCCCCAGGCUACGCCGCCCUCGGCCAGCGCUGA